AUGGUGCGUCAGCUGCACGACGGUAUGGUGGCGCGAGUCACGGACAACGGAGCUGUCUCAGAGGCAUUCGCAGUGACCAAUGGAGUGAAGCAGGGCUGUGUGCUGGCGCCUACCCUCUUCAGUCUCAUGUUCUCUGCCAUGCUGAUGGACGCCUACCGCGACGAACGCCCCGGGAUCCGCAUCGCCUACAGGACGGACGGUCACCUCCUGAAUCAACGGCGGAUGCACUUCCAAUCGCGCGUAUCCACAACUACCGUUCACGAACUCCUCUUCGCCGACGACUGCGCCCUAAACACCACCUCGGAAGAGGAGAUGCAACGGAGCUUGGACCUGUUCUCCGCCGCCUGCGAGAACUUCGAUCUUGUCAUUAACACGCAGAAGACGGUGGUGAUGCACCAACCGCCACCCCACUCAGUCACAGCCCCCAACGCGCCGCCGCAAAUCAGCGUGAAUGGGACCCAACUGCAAGUGGUGGAGAACUUCCCGUACCUGCGCAGUACUCUCUCCCGCAACACCAAGAUCGACGACGAAGUCGCCAACAGGAUCUCAAAAGCCAGUCAAGCCUUCGGUCGCCUCCAAAGCACAGUUUGGAAUCGUCAUGGUCUCCAACUGAGCACGAAGCUGAAGAUGUACAAGGCCGUCAUCCUGCCGACGCUACUGUAUGGAGCGGAGACUUGGACGGUGUACGCAAAGCAGGCACGUCGUCUGAACCACUUCCACCUCAUUUGUCUUCGUCGCAUCCUGAGGCUAAAAUGGCAGGAUCGAAUAUCCGACACUGAUGUGCUGGAACUGACGGGAAUCCUCAGCAUCUACGCCAUACUGAGGCAAAUUCAGCUGCGCCACUACUUCCAUCCUCCUCCUCCUCCUCCUCCUCCUCCUCCUCCUCCUCCUUCUUCUUCUUCUUCUUCUUCUUCUUCUUCUUCUUCUUCUUCUUCUUCUUCUCCUCCUCAUCCUCCUCCUCGCCCACUGCUCCAACGGCGGCCGCUCAAGCGACUGUCCCUCGCACAGCAACCGACGCUACCACCACCUCCCCCGACUCCAGGGAUGAGGAUCAGGACUACACCUGCCCACACUGCGACCGUACCUUCACCACACACAUCGGCCUGGUCGGUCACUUGCGAAUCCAUCGCACAGAGACUGGCGAACCAGUGCGAGAAGCACCAACCUACACCCACCACACUCGCCUCCACUGUCCACACUGCCCUCGCACCUUCAGGCAUCGCAUGAGCCUUUUCGGCCACAUGCGCAUCCACGAGAGCGGCCUUGACCGCACUCCCGACACACCCACUACAUCCAACACAUCCACCGUGCACACCCCCACUCUCGUUUCAUCCGUCCGCGCCACCACCACCACCACCACCGCCUCCUCUGUAGCUGACACUGACACCGCCGACUUCUCAUGCCCACAUUGUCCACGCACAUUCACCUCACGCAUCGGCCUAGUCGGUCACUUGCGAAUCCAUCGCACAGAGACUGGCUAA